UCGGACCCUUUCUCGGUAUCGCUUCUCGGCCUUUUGGCUAAGAGACAGUGAUCGAUUCUCGGUUGGGCGGAGCCUUCAGUCUUGUUUGUGGCUUUAGGCGUUUCUAACUGGGAAUACAUUUCGGACGGAGCAAUUUCGUUUGGAAAAAACAAAACAAAAAAGUCCCCCAAAACAUUUCCUUUCAGACCUGGAGAGGGCGGCUUUUUACUUCUUGUGGGGGUCCAAGUGGGAACGUUUGAAGAGGGAGGUCGUCAAGAAAAGACCAGAAAAUGGUGGAAAAGGCCUCCCAGACCCCCACCUGUUUUUAGCCAGCCGCUUCACCGCCCUGCAUAUUGGUUAUGCGGUGACCCCAUCCAGAGAAAAUAAGACUGCAGCCAUGGCCCGCUUCUGGAUGGGGUCUUACCUGAGAGUUUUAAAAAUUUUACCAAUUGAUUUGACAACCCCAGUGGCUUUUAAUCUUCCAAAAGAAUAUGAUUUUAUCAAGAAGUUUUUAAAGAAAAAGAGUUUAGAGACUCAGGAUGCCACCAUUUUAACCAACCACAAAUCUCUUGUCUCUCUUGUGCAGGACCGGGAACCAGUGAGUCCAGUUCCAGGCCUCACACUAGGUGAGGCCAAAGAAGUUUGGAGGAAUGCUGCCCACCCCGCUCUCCAGAACAGGCACAAGGACCUGGCGUGGAUGGUAGCUCAUGAGAUCCUCCCGGUCAGGGCGGUUAUGCACUCCAGAGGCAUGGCCAAAAAUGCAAUCUGCCCCCGGUCCGGGUGUAAAAACCCGGAGACCGUAAGACACCUGCUCUGGGAGUGCGGCGCUGCGCGGGACCUGUGGGCCACGACCGGCCCCCUGUAUUUCCCGUGCCUGCCAGUGGGUGGGGUCCAGGUGGAUUACAAGCUCGCCAUCCUUGGGGUGGGCCGGGGCUCGAAGGACUGUCCAGCACAACAAUUUACCUCGCUCUGGCUCACCUUCAAUGCAAUCAAGGAUGCCAUCUGGACCACCAGAAACCUGCUGGUGGGGAAACACGUUACGGUCCCCCUCCACGCGAGCGAGCGAAUUGUAACAUCAACGCUGCAGGGGUACCGGGCGCUGUUAUUCGGACGGGGGGCCGGGGUCACACGGAAGAGGCCCCGGACGCCACCGUACUUGGCCGCCCGUAGAUGCACCCUUACCACCAGUGGCUACGGGAACAGCGGGCCAGCGGGCCGGAGGAGAGGGGAUCUCCUCUGGGCCCCUGAAGCGGUAGCCCAGGUGCCUGUUCUGGAGACUAGGGUGAUGGCCCACUUGAUAAGGACUCACUCGCGGUCCUGAACAACAGGACUUUUUUAGCAUUUUGGUGGCUUAUACCCUCUUUAUUUUUAUUUUACA